AUGUCUUCCUUUGACGAUUCUCGUGAAAGUAUCCCUUUACCUCCGCCGCUGCCAUCUCCUGUAAAGACAGAUGAAAAGAAGAAAACAAAUGAUGCAAUUAUAAAUAAUUUUUUACCGUAUGAAGGGUUUGCAUGGGCAAGUCCGCAUUUGGAGUUGCAACGAGCUUGUUAUUUCUCGCAUGUAGCAAUAAAUGAACGACCCAAAGAAUGUCGAUAUAAACAUUUUGAAGGAAUACUGCAAGAAGGCCCAACGUGUGGCUUUGUUGCUUUAAGCAUGUUGUUCAAUAUGCAAAUCACUGCCAAAGACUUGUUUGCUCAAGGAGUCUCAAAUGGUUUUACAAUCAACGGAGAAAUGUUCUGUGCUAACAACUUAUUGUUAAUUUUACGCUCAAAUCAAAAAUUUUUGUCUCCAAAUGCUGAAACGUUUCUCUACAAUGGAUCAUUAAAUAGCGAAAAAAUCAAAUCAGAACUCAGAAACGGGUCUAUUUUGUUAGUGCCUUAUGACGCUGAUGUCAACCAUUCGCCUGCAAUGCUAAAAGGUCACAAAGCUCAUUGGGCUCUUAUUGUUGGAUACUUAAUCACGCAAGAUGACAAAUUUUAUGUCUUCGCGAGGCACGGAAAGUCAAAAUAUUUAGCAUUGUGGUCUUUAGAGAGUCUCAGUAAUAGUAAUUCGGGACUUACAGAAUUCGCAAAACCAAAAAAAUAUGAAAAUCAAGAGUUUCUCUUGCCAGAAGGAGGCAUCGUAGUUGGAUUAUGCGAAAAAUCGAUUGUUAUACGAGGAGUUGACAAUAAAGAAGUUGUAUUAUAA